UCUGAACCGACGAGUGACUGACUGGAAAUGUAUAAAGAGGGACACAUGAACGAAUCGCAUAAAUCCAUGCGGCGUCUGCAACUGUACCGAUGGACAGCUCACAAAGACAGACACACGUGGCAUAUAAAUGUGGGCUCAGCUGCCCAGCUCGAUCCUUCGCCUCUUCCUCGGCCCGCCGUCAGCAGCUUCAACGUGCCCGGCGUCGCCACACCCUAACUCGAUGAAUGCGCGCAGGAUGCCGGGCUUGGCUUUCUUCAGCAGAGACUCUAUCCUAGCCAUCAUAACAUCCCUCUGGCCUUUCUUGAUCAGCGGCCCGAACACCCUCAUGAAGGGCGCCAGGUCUGCCACGUGGGCAUCCAUCACGGCGGUGGACCUGGCGGCCGUGGACACCUCGCUGCUGGUGCACUCGGCCAGGUGCUGCUGGCGGUCCCAGCCGGCCAUCCAUGCCGUCAGCACACGUAGCGGUGACACGCCGUCUGCCGAAAUGGUGGCCAGAUAGAUGGCCAUGUGCUCAGCUACCUGCCGACACACACAGCCACACACGUGAAGACCGAACGGCGCCAUGUGUUGUUUGCACGUCGCCCACCUGUCGUGUGAUGGCGGCGCCGACGCCUUGUAUGUCUGCCCACUGGCCCUCGCGGAUCAUCAGGCGCAGGCAGUGCAGCGCCAGGCACCUCAUUGGAUAGUGGCGGAUGGUCACAGACGCCUCGACAGACGCUAAAGGGGUGUCCUUGUCCUCGAAGGCCUGGCGAUGGCGACCCUCGAAUGGGAUGAUGAGCGUGCUGGUGGUCGUGCUGCCGGGGGUGCCCAUGACAAACUUCCGCACCCGCCCUGCCGGCUCUCCCAAACCUUGAAAAAAUUCAUGCGCCUUCUUCAUCUUGAUGGGCUCCUUGUCGGUGUCGAUGGAGACGUCCACAUGGAGCGAAUAGCAGAAGACCGUCCUGCACACGAGACAAAUAAAAGCAGGAGCUCGACGACAAUCUCAGUCAUCUCACAGUCAUCACUAACCGCUCAUUGGUCGGCCCGCAGUAGUCAGCAGUGAUCUUGAAUGAGGAGACGUCGGCCAACUGCAACUGCAUGUCCUCAGCGUCAUCUUCUGAUAAGUCCGAAUCGGCGUCAUCCACGCUUGGGAUGCCGUGCAGGGCGACUGAGUAUCGCCCGUCAUCCGUCUGGUUGCCUUCGCUAUCUCCAGGCGACGUGAUCUCCACAACCUGCUCCUCAGACAGCCUGCGCAAUACCAAGAUACAGCAAAGCACCGACCAAUGCACCAAUACGUUUCCUUGUCGCUCGCUCACUUGCUGCACUCGAAGACCUCUGCAGCCGCCUCAGGGAAGGUCCCCGAUCGUGUCACGUCGGUGAUGAACUUCUUGAGGCUCGACAGCGAGAUGUCACACGUGCCAGCCUCCAAUGAGCGAAGGAGGCAGGUGAGCAGCGUCACCAUGUACUUUGCCAGAGUCUUCCUCGUCCAGGCCGCCUGCACAUGAUCCGCCUCCUCCACAACGAAAGGUGCGACGGCCCUCCGAAUCUCCUGAUGCUCCCGCACCAGCAUCCUGCGCAAGAGGACACAUGAUAGAUUAGUGCCUCAGCUUGGCAGACUCCCGAUGCGCCCCUCACCUGACGAAGGGGUGGCGAAAGGAUGCAGUGAGGAUGUCUCGACAGAGAGCUGCGUGAUUGAGCCACUGCUUGCGAAUCAUCUGCGUGGGACGACAGACAGAAGGAUAUGAGCAUAUGACCCUGAAGGUCCAGCAGGUGCGCCAGGCCCACCGGUCUGGCGAUGGUUUUGCUCAUGCUUUGCUUGGCUAAGGGCUGGAGGAAGUCCAAGGCCACGAGACAGUCAACCAAGUUCUGACAAAAGAGGGAGAGAGAGAGAGAGAGAGGACUGAGUGAGGCGAGUGAGUAGCUCCCACAGUGCAGCGCCUUCCUGCUCACCUCGUGUGUGAGGCCCCUCUGGAUGUCGUCUUUCUUCUGCAGCAGGACGGUGGCGAUUGGUCGUGAUAUCUGAGUGAGCGUCACACUCCGCUCAGACGACUCCGCAAACUCGCCAUCGAGCAACUGCAGAGAAAGCACACACACACACACGCACACACACACAAACAGAUGAGAUGUGCAUCUGACAGAUGGAAUCGGGCGUUGUUCGAUGCACACCGACCACUUUGAAGAACGAGUAUGACACACAGGCUCUGACACUACAAGCGGGUCGCCGCCAUCCCCAAACUGCACCUCCACGGUCGGUGCUUCUGAUGCGACGUCCAUCUCUGCCCUCUUUUUGGUGCCUUGCUUUCAAGUUGGCGCUUUUUCCUCGCUCGCAACGGCAGGUCAACCCGUUGGGGCCGAAUCAAUUCAGGGCUUGCAGCACGCGCUCUAGCAUACUGCAAACGAUGAGGCAAACAAGCAGGCUGCGGCUGUCCAGAAUUCAUUUCAAGAACGCAGUCGGCCCGUACAAGCAUCGCACCCAUGCACACCACACACCAAUCCCCGUUGCCUAUCCACACAUCCACACCCACUCAUCCCCUCUAAUCUGCUCACUGCGCCUCAAUCCUGCGCCUCUUCCUCGGCCGGCCAGACACAGCUGACGGCUCACUGCCGUCAUCGUCGUCGACAACGGAGAACAGCACACUAGACAGCACAUCUAGGCAGUUGAACGCCACCUGCCCCACCGGGAGGAGCACAUCCAUCCUGUCCUCCACCAGACAGGCGAACACCCUCAUGAACGGCACGAUGUGCCGCUUGUGGGCCUCCAGCACGGGCCUGGCCAUCGCGGCCUCGAUGACCCGCCCUUUGUCCCACUCGUCCAUGUGGCGCUGGCGGUCCCAGCCGCUCAUCCAUGCCGUGAGCACACGGAGCGGCGACACGCCGUCUGCCGUCAUGUUGGCCAAAUAGAUGGCCAUGUGCUCAGCUACCUGCAGCCAGCCACGUGACACACAUGAAACGAGAAUGGUCGAUGUGACACCACUCUUUAUCUCUUUUUCGUUCUUGCUCAUUCGUUUGCGCACCUCUCGUGUGAUGGAGCUGCCAACGACCUGUAUGUCUGCCCAGUGGCCCUCGCAGAUCAUCAUGCGCAGACAGUGCAGCACCAGGCACCGCAUCGGAUGGCUGCGGAUGAUUAUAUGGUUCUUGGCCUGCUGCAGCUUCUUGCCCCACUCGCCGAAUGCCUCUUUGUCCUCAUGGUUGUCCCACGACUCAACGUGGGUCAUGGAGCAGCGCAGGAGGCCCAUGCUGAAGAUGGGCAUUCCAGCGCCGGUGUGCGGGUCCACGUGGGUGAAAGCGAAGCCUUCGCUUGCCACGAUGCACGUGUCUUCCUCGAGCCCCUCCUCAUCGUCCCCACACGUGCCCACUUCCACCUGGUGGACCGAGUAGCAGAAGACGCUCCUGCAUGCAUGGUCAUCAAUCAAACGACACACAAUCCGACAUUGGUGUGUAUCCCACAGUGGCCACAGACCUCUCGUGCAUCGCGGGAUGUCGCCGGAUGGCCACCUCGAUGCGGCGGGUGUCCUUCAAGAGCACAUCCUCACUGCUCUUCGUCUCCUCAGCGGGAGGCUCGACAUUCAUGUAGUGUCCCGUUAUGCUGUCGUCCUCCUCUGUGAGGCCGCGUAUCCAGGCUGAGAAUCCGUCGCUCCUGGCUGGCGUCACGCUGCCGGGCUUGUCAGCCUCGAUGCGGAUCUCCUCAGCCAACCUGCAGGCAGCCACAUGCAGUAGACGGCCAUGGCUAGAAACUGACGCAUCAUCGAUUCAGUUGCCACCUACCGCUCACACUCGAAGACCUCUGCGGCCGCCUCUGCAAAAGUACUGGAGUUGGUGACCUGCCGGACAUACAAACACACACACCACACACACACACAUGGCAAUUCAAUGGCACGGCCAUCCACAAGACAUAUACACAGACCCACCCACCUUCAUCGUAAAUCGUUUAAUGGUCGACAGUGACGGACGAUGGUUGCCCGAUUCGAUGCCCGCUAACAGGCGGCUGAGCAGGGAGACCACAUACCUGCUGAUGGUGUCAGGCCAGCUGCUGCUAGACCUCUCCCAUCGGGCGCGGACGCGCUGGGCGUGCUCAAGCACGAAUGGGCCACAUGCCGUCAAAACGUCCCUGUAGUUCCGAACCAGCUCCCUGCACAGGCAGCCAAAUAUGGCGUUGCGUUUGAUGUGAGCCUCGGGCAUGGUGGUGGGUAUUUGAAGGCUGACCUUACGAAGAGAUUCUCAAAGGACAAGUUGAGAAGGCCGCGGCACAAACCACUACGGUCCAGCAGAUGGUUGCGGGCGAUCUGGGUAGAAGCACAACAGACAAACCCGUAACACACGCAUACAUUCCAUCUUCGUUGUGCACAGCUGCCGUACCGAUCUGUUCAUGGCCUCCCUCACAGCCUUCCCGUCAACAGGCUGGAGGAAAUCGAGCCCAACCAAACAGAGCAUCAGAUUCUGCAGCAAGAAGGGAAAGAAUUCUCAUGAUGAGCAGUGCGCAUGGAAAAUGAAUGCACUCACCUCACGAGUCAGCCCCUUCGCCAUGUCAUCUUUGUUCUGCAGCAGGACCUUCGCGAUUGGCCGUGAUAUCUCCGUGAGCGUCACACUCCGCUCAGACGACUCCUGGAACUUGCCAUCGAGCAACUGCAGAAGAUACACGCCACACAAACACAGAUGGGAUGCAUCUGACAGAUGGAAUGCUGUGUUUUUUGCUGCGCACUGACCCCUUUGAAGAAGGUGUACUGGCGACAGACCUCCUCCGACACCAACAGUGCCUCAUCGCCGUUAUCAAACUCGACGGCAACGCAUCUUUUUAGCCUACUCAAGGGUCUACCAAAUGUACUAAAGAUGCUUCCUCUACCCGCCAUGGCGCCAGGGAGCCAGGGGCAGAGGAAUC